CGGCCCCAUAAAGGCUCGGUGCCACGGCGGGCCGAGGGCGCGGCGGCGGGAUGCGGGUGGCGGUGUCGCUGUCGCUGUGCUGGCUCUGGGCGGCGGGGCUCAGCCUGCCCCGGCUGCGCCUGUCCUACCGCGAGCUUUUAGCCUCCAACCGCUCCGUGCUGUUCUUUGGCCACCGCAGCUCCCUGGGCCUGCGCUGCCUCUACCUGGACGAGUACCGCGACCGGCUCUUCCUCGGGGGCAAGGAUGUGCUCUACUCCCUGCUCCUGGACGGGGCCACUGCAGGUGCCAAGGAGAUCUAUUGGCCACCCCGCCCUGGGCAGACGGAGGAGUGUCUUCAGAAGGGGAAGGACCCAGGGACUGACUGUGCCAACUAUAUCCGUGUGCUGCAUCCCUACAACCGGACACACCUGCUGGCCUGCGGGACAGGCGCCUUCCAUCCCAUGUGCACCUUCGUCUAUGUGGGGCACCGUGGUGAGCACACCUUCAGCCUGGACGCUGCCAGUGUGGAGAGCGGCCGGGGCCGGUGCCCGCACGAGCCCAGCCGCGCCUUUGCCAGCACCGUCAUCGGAGGGGAGCUGUACGCCGGCCUCACGGCAGAUUUCCUGGGGCGCGAUCCCGGCGUGUUCCGCAGCAUGGGGACGCGCUCCGCCCUGCGCACGGAGGUGGAUCAGCGCCUGCUGCACGAUCCCAAAUUUGUGGCAGCCCACUUGAUCCCAGACAACGAUGACCGGGACAAUGACAAAGCCUAUUUCUUCUUCACGGAGAAGGUGGUGGAGGCAGACAGCAGGGAGCACGCCAUUGUCAGCCGUGUGGGGCGUGUCUGUGUGAACGAUGCUGGUGGCCAGAGGGUGCUGGUCAACAAGUGGAGCACCUUCAACAAGGCCCGGCUGGUGUGCUCAGUCCCCGGCCCUGAUGGCAUUGACACCUACUUUGAUGAACUGGAGGAUGUCUUCUUGCUGAGGACGAAGGAUAGGAAGAACCCAGAGAUCUAUGCCCUUUUCAGCACUGUCAGCCACGUUUUCCGGGGCUCUGCUGUCUGUGUGUACCGCAUGGCUGACAUCAGGGAGGUGUUCAACGGGCCCUUUGCCCACCGGGAGAGCCCCCAUCACCAGUGGGCUGCCUACGAGGGCAGGGUGCCCUACCCACGGCCGGGCGUGUGUCCCAGCAAGACCACCAACCAGCCCCGGCGGCAGUACGGCACCACCAAGGACUUCCCUGAUGAGGUGCUGCACUUUGCCCGUGCCCACCCCCUCAUGUUCCAGCCCGUGCUGCCCCGGCACCGCCGGCCCCUCCUGGUGAAGACUGACCUGCCCCAGCGGCUGCGCCAGCUCGUGGUGGACAGGGUGGAGGCUGAGGACGGGCAGCACGACAUCCUCUUCCUCGGCACAGAUGCUGGCUCGGUGCUCAAGGUGGUGGUCACGCAGAAGACAAACUCAGCCGUGACUGAAGAAGUCAUCCUGGAGGAGCUGCAGGUUUUUAAGAUGCCUGUGCCCAUCACCCAGAUGGAGAUCUCUGUCAAACGUCAAACGCUCUAUGUGGGCUCCAGCCUGGGCGUGGCCCAGGUGCGGCUGCACCAGUGCGAGUCCUACGGCACUGCCUGUGCCGAGUGCUGCCUGGCCAGGGAUCCCUACUGUGCCUGGGAUGGCACUGCCUGCACCCACUACCAGCCCUCGGGCAAGCGCCGCCAGCGCCGCCAGGAUGGGCGCCACGCUAACCCUGCCCACCAGUGCCUGGACCAGAACCUCACCGUGGACGAUUUUGAGAGCGUUGAGGAGAAGGUGCUCUACGGGGCAGAGGACAACAGCACCUUCCUGGAGUGCGUGCCCCGCUCCCCGCAGGCCAGCGUGCAGUGGUUUGUGCAGAGGCCGCCUGACGAGCAGCGGGACGAGGUGAAGACGGACGAGCGGAUCGUGCAGACAGAGCAGGGGCUGCUAUUCCGCAGGCUGCACCGGCACGACGCCGGCACCUACUACUGCAAAACGCUGGAGCACGGCUUCACCCAGACCGUGGCCAAGACCGCCCUGCGGGUCAUCCCCAGCCAGCAGCUGGCUCACUCCUUCCCCCGGGGCCCGGGGGACGAGCUCCCAGCCCUGCUGUGCCCUGAGCCCCGGCUGGUGCCACAGGCUCCCAAGAGCUGGUUCAAGGACAUCAUGCACCUGGUGAGCUCCCCGAACCCGCGGCGCGUGGAGGAGUACUGCGCCCGCCUCUGGUGCAGCAGCCGCCCCCAGCACCGCAAGAGCAAGCUGGCCCAGGCCAAGCUGGUCCUGGCUGGCGUGGACGUGGCCAAGAAGGGACGGACAGGCAAAGCCCACAGCGAGAGGAACCGCGUGCCCCGGCAUGCAGCGGCCACUUAGGGAGGGCAGGGGACGGACGUGGGGCAGCUGUGGGCAGGGACCAGCUCCCUGUGCUGCUGCUGGGGCCUCUUCACCUGCUGCUGUGUGGCUUGCAGUGCUGCCAGCCUGGUCCUCCUGGAUGGGCAGGUCCCUGUCACCCUCAGGGGCUGCAGGGUCACCUCACAAACAGGCAGUGAGGUGGGACAUGUUGGCCCCCCUUGCUCUUGCAGGUGAUGCAGCAGGUGGGGGCCGUGGUGCCUGGGUGGGCUGGGGCACAGUGGCACAGUGCCACCCAGGCCAUGCUGUCACCCAGGUGCUGCCUGGGUCCCUCUGUGAAUAUUGGGGCCAUGUGUGGUGCCAUGGGGAGCGGCUGAUGGCUCCAGGCUCUUUCCACACCAGCACAGAGCCUGGGGAAGAUGAUGCCUGCUCAUCUGUAUGGGGGAAAGCCAGCAUCAUCCCAAAAAGCCUCUGUGUGCAGGAGGAGCUCUGUCACCUGCUGUGCCUGGGGAGCCAGAGCUGUGCUGUGCCACCCAGGCUGUGUCCUGAGGGACAGGGCUCCUGCCUACCCUCCCUUGGCACUGGGACACACUCAGCAGUGCCAGCUGUUCCUGGGUGCAGCUCCCCACUACCCCUCUCACAGUUUUAGGGCUGGACAGGGCUGGGGAGAAAAGAAAAGCCAACGGCUGUGGGCAGGUUAGACCUGUUCCUGGGUAAACACUGGGAGAGGCACUAAUGCCACCACUGUCACUGUGCCCAGGUGGGAGCAGGGACAGGCAGAGGGCAGCCCCAGCAGAGUUUGGGGGGCUGCACCACACUGGGGCUGGUUUCUGCUGGUGGGUGGCCCUGCAGGGCUGAUUUGGGUGGGCUCCUGCUGCCUGGCAGAGCUAAAGCAGCACCCAGGGCCUCCCCCAAAUGCAGGGGUUGGGGGUAGAAGCAUGGAGGGCACCUCCAGGCUGCCAGCAAGGUGUUCCUUGCUUUCCUCAGCCGGAAUGAGCUCACUCACUGAGCCCGGGGUGAUAAAGAUCGGCCCCUUCCUGAGGCAGGGCAGCCCCACACAAUGGUGUGAACCGCAGCCCCGCGGGGACAGGCAUUGUUCAGAGCUGCAGGAACGGGAAAGAAAAAUAAUAAUAAUAAUAGUAAUAAUAAUUAAAAGGCCCUAAAUAGCUCACACAAAGCCAGGUCGUGAUAUCAUCUCUCCUCCCCGUGGGCGUUUGUGCUGCAGCAGCGGCUCCCUGGGAGCACUGCCCCAUCCCAGAGAUGGGCUGGGGGCUUUGCCCUCUUUUCCUCCCUGUCCCACCUGUCCUGCAACCUCCUGGGAUGGGAGAGCUGUGGUGGGGCUGGCAGGCUGGGACAUUUCUGCAGGGAGGGGAGUGGUGCGGGUGGUGCUGAUUUAUGGAGCCAAGCACGUGGAUCUGGAUAAUUGCAGGCCUGGGGGGCACAGGUGAACAGCAGCCAGCAUGCAGAGACAGGGAGGGACGGGGUGAAAAGCCUGAAAUGAGACAGCAGUGUGAUUCCCCAGGGCCUGGAUUACAGAGCUCUGCAGUGCCUGCACUGACCUGUGCACCCCUGUGCCCCACGGAGCAGGGCCGGGCUGCCCACGCUAGGGGAGGCAGCAGGAGGGGCCCUGAGGGCUCUGCUGCCUUUGGGAUCUGGCCUGAGGUGAGCUGUGACACGCUGGAGGUGGCACCAGGGCCAGCAAUGCU